UUUCAAUAAAAAUGACGAUUAAAAUAAGUGAAACAAAAAAUGUGCCGGAAUAUAUGCCUAAUAAACCGAAAAUAUUUCGUGAAUUAUUAGCAACAAUUACCGUUACGCUGAGUGUAAUGUCAUGCGGUAUCCACUACAGCUGGCCAUCACCGACCUUACCAAAAUUACUAGCCAAAGAUUCCUACAUUCCAAUCAACGAUGCACAAGGAUCAUGGUUAGCCGUGACGACAUUGAUAUUCGCAUUAUUCACAGCACCAUUGGCCGCAGAUUUAGUGGAUCGUUAUGGACGCAAAAUAUCAACAAUGUUAACCAUACCAUUGUAUUUAAUAUCGUGGUUUUGUAUUGGAUUCGGUCGUGUAUAUUAUAUAAUUUUAUUGGGCCGCUGUAUUGCUGGCAUUGCAGAUGGUAUUACUUACACUGCCGUAUUAGUCUACGUGGGUGAGAUUGCAAGCUGUCGUAUUCGAGGCUUUUUAGCAAGUUUUAUUUCAGUGAUUCUUCUAUUUUCUGGAUUAAUUGUUAAUAGUGUCGGACCAUUCGUUUCAAUACAAACGAUGGCUUUUAUAUGCGCAGUUGUGCCUUUGGUUCAAUUAAUUUUAUGCAUUUUCUUACCAGAAUCACCUUAUUAUUUGUUAAUGAAAGAAGACACUAAAGCUGCUAAAGAGAGUUUACAAUAUCUAAGAGGUGGAGACUCAGCAAAUAUCACACAAGAAUUAGAAGAUAUUAAAAGUGCUGUGAAACGGCAAAUGUCCGAGCGAGGGUCGUAUAAAGAUUUAGUCGUUCAACCUGGUAAUUUUCGUGCAUUGUUAAUAUGCAUUGGAUUACGGACAUCGCAACAGUUAUCUGGAAUAUCCGCUGUAAUAUUCUAUAGUCAAAUUAUUUUUGCCGCGAACAAUGAAUUUAUUUCAGCGACAACAGCAGUGAUUAUUUUUAAUGCAUUACAAGUAAUAACAGCAUGUUUUUCUUCGUUAAUUCUUGAUAGAUUAGGUAGAAAAAUUUUAUACUCUUUAUCUUCUGCGGGCUGUGCAAUUACUUUAGGUGCUACGGCAAUAUAUUUUUACCUAAAACAACAUAACGUCAAUGUUUCCGAAUAUUUUUGGAUACCAAUGGUCUCGUUAUGCAGUUUUAUUGUAACAUAUAAUAUGGGCAUGAGUGUUAUACCGGUUACAAUGCUAUCGGAAUUAUUUCCAACAAAUGUCAAAUCAAAAGCCUUGGCUGUUAUGGACAUGUAUUUUUCGUUAAUUGCUAGUCUCAUGACCAAAUUAUUCCAACAUUUGGAUAGUACUUAUGGUAUGUAUGUACCAUUUACGUUAUUCGCGUGUAGUUGUAUUUUAGGAGUUGUAUUCGGAAUUGUUUACUUACCGGAAACGAAAAAUAAAACCUUGGAAGAAAUACAAAUGAUGCUUCGGCGGAAAACUAUUAGUAGAAAUUCGGUUGACGUUAAACCGGUUGAAGUAAAAAAGAAUCAAAGUGAUGAAGACGUUUCUACUUACAUUUAAGUAAUGGCUCUCAGUUUUUGUAACGCUACGUAAACCCUCUGAGAAGAAAUUGCAUUUAUAUCAUUUGAUUUGAAGAAAAGAUUAGAAGUUUCGGAGAACGGACUGUGCAAGAUAACACAGCACGAUAGACCAAAAGUGCGAUUUAAUUGCAUUACCGAAAUAUAGUUCGGUAAAAGUUAAUUUUAUGGGAAUUUUCCAUUCUCUCCGAAAGAUAGCAUAAGUCGAAUAAUACUAAGUUUUUUAUAAGAAUGUUUAUCUCAGAUAUUUGCAAUAAUUUCCUUACGUUUUUAGCUCUAAUUUAAUGUUAAGUCUCCUAAAUGUGAUUAUUUAUCGAAGAAAGAAUCAUAAACGCAGCGUAAAAUGUACUAGAGUGUAAUUAGCCGUCUCGUAAACAUAUCCUUAAAUUAACAUGUUUUUUAGCAAUCGUCUUUACAGAGGAAUAUGAAUCAAUAUUUGUUAGAGAAUAAAAAUAAUGGUACUAUUGCUAGUGAAUAAGAAUUCGAAAAUUUCUAAUGUCUCCAAAAUAAUCUAAUUUUAAGUCUGAAUGAUCGAAUCUCAUUUCAAUAAGUUUAUUACGAUAGUGAUGUUAAAAAAAGGCUUCAAUCAUACGAGCACGAAGUAAUAGUAUAGAUACAAGGAGUCCGAACGGUGUAGGCUUUUGCAUGGUAUUCAUGUACAGAGCAAUAAAUCCGAUUCGUAGUCAGCUCUGGCUGCUCAAGAAUUCAAGACGUACCAAUGCUAUUAUUAAUAUUACACGUAAAGAUCAUGGUUCUCUUUUCUGCCACUGGCUGCACAAGAAUUCAGGACAUACCUAUCGAUCCCCUAAAUUGAGACCAUUCGAUCAACAUUACGUUCGGACUCCUUGCAUCUAUACUUCGUGCAUACGAGUGUCAAUUAGGUUAGGUUAGAUUAGAGUUGCUGUCCUGGAGUGGGAAAGACUUAGACCAUAGGGUCCGUUGUGAUACCGAAUAAAAGUUAUGCCCAUCCCCGGCCACUAUUUCAUGAACCAUUUUGAGCUGUUUAAGAACAGCAGGAGUGCUUUGACGUUAAAGCACUCCGCGGACUCCUCGUGGCAAGAGCUAAGCAGUGACAGAGAAGAUGAGACAUCGUUUCCUACUCUUCGUCACUGUGACAGCUCCUGCAAUAAUCAUGAUACACUGGCAGGCACAGGCGUUAAACAUGCAUGCCACCAAGCCAGUGUCCUGUAGAAGCCGUUACUAUUUUGCUGCUAGAUGCCCUUGGAAGUGAUAUAAGAUCUUCGGAACUUCUAUGAUUGUACUCAGAUCAUAUUUGUCUUAUGUUACCACAAGUACGCUCCUCCCACCAUCUAAUAUUGCAUUUUUUUAAGAUAUCCUCUUUCAGGAGCAUUUUGCAGUUCACAAAUGGAACUCCCUGAUGUCUAUUGAUACUUGUGUCUGGCAGCAGGAGUGUCAAUUAAAUCAUGUAAUGUUUGUCGAAGUUGACGCUCAAGUAAAUGGCUCUUAUUUUAAAUAAUUAUGUAAACUGUUUUUGCGUAGGUAGCUGGAUAUCGCCACAACACGUUGAAAAUCUGAUGUGUUAGUUUUAGCGCUCUUGUGGUCGAAGCCUUAAAUUAUUAAUUUAAUUAAUAUGUAUUACAGUACUCUGAAAACAGAAAAAGUAUUUUAAAUAAUACGUGUAUAUAAGUUCCUAUUAUUAAAAUUUAAUUUCCCUUCAAAUAUCAUAUAGCAUUGAUGCCUACUCCAAAUUAUCAGUAGAGAAUAACCCUUAUUCUAGAACAAGUAAUUUCUAAAAUAAUUAAAUAACUAAUUACUUAUAAAAUUACCCGGAAAAUAAGUAGGGAAUAGACAGGAUUCAAAACUAUUGUUCCGAACAGUUUGUGAUUAAAUGCCAGCAUUGUGGGAUCAAUUAUCCCAAAAAGUAUAAGAUAGAGGAGGGCUCCCAUUACUGGUAAUGUAAAAAUACGAGUUGCAAUGCCUCUAGUGAUUUUGUCCAGUCAUAAACGCUCUUCACCUCCAUAUAAUCUUGUUUGGAAAAAAUUAUGUUAGGAGAGCGUAGUUUUGAUUUAUGAACCUCUGGGUUAUGGGCCCAGCACGCUUACACCGAGCCACUCUACUUUUUGUAAUAAUAUCGUAAUAACAUGUACUGACUCUGUUGUAAAUACAAUAGUAUUUACAGUACACAAAUAUCAGAUGGCAUUCAUGCCUUUACAAGUGACAUUCUCCUCUAUCUUAUAUCUCUUUGACCUACCCUUAACAAGAUCAAUUACAACGAAUUUAGACCCGAGUAAAUACUAUAAAAACGCACCAGUUAAGAAAUACACUAACUACCUACUAUUUAGAUAAGUAUAUUCGCGUUCUCUCGACUUAUAUCGUUAGAAAACCUAACUGGUGCGAGCUAGGACAAUAAUUUUGGGUGUUCCUAUUUAAUUUUUAAAAUUCUUAUAAUUUAUUAAAGACAUCUUAUAAUUGAUUAAUCUUCUUCUUUUUAAAUUUAUUCAUUUAUGUGCUCAACUGCUGAGGCUAUGUGCACAUAAAUAUCCUAAAAUCUUUCAUACUAAAACAAUUUAAUUUUAUUGCUAUCUUAAAUUGAAGAUUUUUACAUUAGAUCUCAACACUCAAUUAAAAAUUAUACGCUUAGAUUACAAAAAAAAAAAA